UGUUUCAUUGAUGGGUUGAAAUGGAAAACAGCUCUUUGCCUUUUUCUUUCAACCUCACCAUGUUUGUGAACAUUGGACACUAUCGCUUUGCAGCCUUCAUCUUCUGCCUGUUGCUUUACAGCUUCAUCGUCUGCGCGAAUCUACUAAUGAUUGUGGUGAUUUCUCAAUAUAGAGUGUUGCAUCAGCCCAUGUAUAUGUUCAUUGCUUUGUUAUCAGCCAAUGCUCUGUACGGCUCCACAGGCUUCUUUCCCAGAUUUCUCAUGGACCUGCUCUCUGACGUCCACUUGAUUUCACGCCUGGCUUGUUUUACCCAGAUUUAUGUUAUUUAUACUUACGGUUCAAAUGAACUGACCAUUCUGAGCAUCAUGGCUUAUGAUAGAUACGUCGCUGUGUGCUAUCCUUUGCAUUACCACAAAAAGAUGACCUCUAAAACUGUAGCUGUGCUGUCAGUGCUGGCUUGGAUCUUCCCAGCUUUGUCUCUUUCAGGGUUAAUAUUGAUGUCUGCCCGGCUUCCUUUGUGUGGCAAUGAGAUAGAGAAGGUGUUCUGCGCCAACUGGAAUGUGGUUAAACUAUCAUGUGUCAGCACUGAUCUAAACAAUGCUGUGGGAAUGUUUCUGACCAUAACUACUGUCUUUUUCCCGCUUUUUUAUGUGCUUUACUCCUAUUUACGGAUCCUAAUUGUAUGCUGGAGUAGAUCAGCGGUGUUUAAGGUCAAAGUGUUGCAUAGCUGCCUGCCUCACAUUGUUUCCUUUGUGAUUUAUUCCAUCGCUGGAUUUUGUGACGUGGCCUUGAGUCGAUUCAACCUGGAGGACAUAAAUCCAUUCGUCGCUGUUGUUUUGUCGCUUGAGUUUGUUGUUGUUCCUCCAGUUUUGAAUCCUCUUGUUUACGGCCUGAAGAUGCCAGACAUCCGAAGGCACAUUUUGGGUUUGUUUACAUGUAACAAAAAGAUGAACACAAAUCCUUUAUGUGACUGAAAACAUUGUGGUAACGGACCAGGAAACCUGAACCUAAGAAGUCUGAUUGAU